CAAUCAUGCGAGGCGAUGAUCUCAACCGUCAAAAUCCCCACAUCUCGUCCACAGCAAAAGACCUUUUCCUCUCCACACUCCCGUAGCUUUCUUUCCUCUUCCUCCCUCCGCGAUCCCGUUCUCUCGCACGCUGCUGCUCUCACUCACGCGCUGCGCUACCCAACUACGCAAGCUCCAAUCAAGCCCGAUGUGGCGCUAAAAUCUCCUCUACAGCCCACCGCCGCGGUUCCCGUAGCUCGGCUGCACCGCCGGCGCCUCCUCAAUCCCCCAACAGCUCCGCCUCUCACGCGCAUCGCCCCCAUCGCCCGUCCUGUUCUACCCAGUCGCGUAAAACCCCCUGCGUUUUCCACCCCGUCCGCAAUCGUUGACGUUGAAUUUCUGAGCUCACCAUCUAGAUCUGGCCCUGAACCUUGGGUCUUGCAGGGGGGGUUGGCUGGCGAGAUGAGCCGUGGGCGGUCUCCGGAGCCGCUGGAUUUCUUCAUCUGGACUGUCGAGGAGGAAACAUGGUUUGCUUAUCUAAAAGGAAACCUUACCGCAGGAGAUUGUAUCUGGUAUCCCUUUAUUUCUUUGUAUCUAAUAAGAUUCUACACGAGCUUGGAGUUCAGCAAAGCAACAUUGGGCCUUAAUUUGGGUUGUAUUGUGUUGACCCUGUGCUGGUUCUUCAUCGAGAUUGGAUUGUGUUCAGCGAGGCUGCGUCGACCGCCGGUGGUGGAUGAGUUCACUGUUGAAGCGGAUGACGACGAUGACGAGGAGAUGCUGCCGCCGCACGAGCCAUUUUGCCGAAACAGUAAGAGCUCUAAAGGUGACCUGGAGGGGGUUGCAUCUUUGGCGAACUCCGGUCUAGAUGUGUAUGCCCACAAUAUUGAAACUGUGAGGAGUCUGCAGAGAGUAGUUAGAGAUCCUCGAGCAGGUGGCCAAUAUUACCAGCAAGAUAAAGACAUGAGUUGGUUGAUCUCUUCUCUACAUCAGAUAUAUAGCAGGAGAUACUUGUUACGGCGAAGUGCUUUGGAAUUAUUUAUGGUAGAUAGGUCAAAUUUCUUCUUUGAUUUCAGGAGAGCCAAGCAAAUCCUUAAAAGAACUCAAUUGAUGGAGCGCUGGGCUAACUGGGAGAUUAGCAAUUUUGAGUACUUGAUGGAACUGAACACUCUUGCUGGUCGCAGUUAUAAUGACAUAACUCAGUAUCCUGUUUUCCCUUGGAUAAUACCUGAUUACCAAUCCAAAGUGUUGAAUCUUGAUGAUCCUUCUACGUACCGAGAUCUUUCAAAGGGGCGUGGAUCGUUUCUGGAAAGCAGAUGAUGGAUGGGACUCUCCUCAGCGUGUCUCACGGUACGUAAUCGAUCUCUUCCUGGGGUGGGCGAAGCGAGCGUGGAAAGUGAUGAUCGAUCUAUUCCUGGGGCCUUCCUGCAAGGUAAAAUUCUCUCUUUUUCUCACCAAAAAGAACAGAAGCAGCAAGGAACAGCAUAUUUAGGCACUGUCUGACGUGGAUUUGUACAAAUCCACAUUACUUAUUUCGGGGCGGAGGGUGUAUUACUAAUGCUACUAUCGUUGAAAGUGAGACCACUCGUUUACCAUAUUUAAUUUAGCCCAAUACUGUCAUAACAAGAGGCAUAAUAUAACCAAACAGAAAUAGGAAGACCCACACCAAUUGCAUACCCAAUACCACAAUAAGCCACAACAUCAUAUCCUGAUUCCUUACAAGGUUGUCCUAAGAGGGAGCAUACAGAAUCUGCUCCUGUAAUCUACAAGUAGGGCAUCAUGGCAUUGCGCAUUAUUUCUAAGACCAGAUAACUUGUCCAAAUUCAAGAGCGGGCACACAAAAUCUGCUCCGGUAUCUACAAACAGGGCAUCACGGCAAUGUUUCUAAGACCAGAUGAUUUGUCCUAAUUCGAGAGGGAAAGUACAAAAUCUGCUAGUGUAAUCUACAAGCAGGGUGUCAAGACAUUGUUUGUAAGACCAGACCAGAUGUUUUGUCGUAAUGCAAGGGGAUGCUGGCUCGUGAGCAUACAAAACUUGAGACAGACCAGAAAGCACCAAACUAUCAACUAGUAAAACAGCAGCAGCACAUCACCAAAAGGGGAGGUGAACAUGAGGGGUAUACCUUGACGUAGGACGCCGUCGAUCUGGAUGGAGACGUUGUCCUUGGUGAUGGCGGACUGGUCGGGCCAAACCUCCGGUGCCGAUAACGCUAUCUCGCCCCACCGUGUGUACCGUCGGAUCCAGCUGUGCGCUGCAUCGGAGGGCCCAGAAAAAGAGCCGGCUUGUGAAGUGUGAACCCUGUGCGUGUGAUGUGACUAAUUUCCUAGGCCUGUUGGUCUGUACAGGGACGUCUUGUCUUGUCGCAUGGCCCACAACCGUGGCAGGCUGCCUGUACUUGUGAGCAAGAUGUUAGUGCUGCAAGAUAUUUUUACUUCACUCCCCCGUCUACUUCUUCUUCUCGGUAGUCGUGUUCCUCCAUUGCUGCCUCUCUUUUCUCUUUCUUUGUUCUUUUUGUUCCUCCACUUUUCAGGAUUCUUUACCUUUAUUGGAGUAUAGAUUUGUGAAUCGGUACUGCCUCCCCACACCGCCUCCGUUUUAAUCUCGAUGCACUUUCUUUCUUCAAUCUCGUCGCGUACAUGUACUCGAGGAGCAUGAGCCGACAGGAUUGUGUCCUCGUUUUAUUUUGGAAGUUUUUGUUUCCAAGCAUAGAUGAGUCUUUCAAAGGCAGCUAGCGAGUAUGCGACAGAAUACAAUAGCAAUGAGGACAGUCUUCAACUUAUAGGUCAGCGACAUCGAGAACAUCAACAGAUUAUCAAGAAGUUUAAUGAAGUGAAGAGGCAGUGUAUUAGGGAGAUAGGAUUUGGUUGGACACUUGAGGUGCCACUAUGAAGAUGUACUGGCCUCGCAUGUUACUACUUCUCAGUUUGUAUGGAUUUGGCUUUCUUUCAGUUCGGAACUUUAACUUCAGCUCUCUUUGUGUUCUUCCAUAUAAGACCAUGGAUUUAGUAUAAGGUACAUAUGAAAGUACUAUGUACCUUCUUCUUGUUCGGUAUAAAUUAACUACAUCUGA